GGGAGGGGAGGGGACGUCUCUCUCUUCUCCUCGCUCGGGGCCGGCAGAUGCCGAUGCCGAGCCGAUGAUUGAGAUGGCGGCGGUGAUAAAGAUGGCCGCCGUCUUCGGCGAGGCCAAGCCGGAGAAUGACGACGACGACACUCUUCCGCGCCGCCCCGUGCUCUUCCACGCCCACGCAGAGGAGCAGGGGCCCCUCCGCGUCGUCGCCACCGACCUCCACUCCCUCGCCUGGCACCGCUCCCUCGCCCUCCCCGACCUUCACGACCUCCGAGAUGAUGUUGGCAUCGCUGGCUCCUGGCCCGACUUCCUCGACUACCUCUAUUCUUCCUUGUCUACUUCUGGCCAAGUCAAGCUCCUCUUCCCUGCCGGCCCACAACAUCGCAGCUCCGGUUUUGAUUGUGUUAAGCUUGUGUCUACAAAGGCAAAGGGGUUGCCUCGCAUCACUAUCUCCCUCGAUAGAGUUGCUGCCUCUGAGCUCAGUGAUGUCAUAGCUGAGUUCUCGCUUGCACUUUAUGCGGCUCACAAAACUACGCAGGAACAGGUGGCCACAGAACAAGAACGAGUGUCACAGCUCAAGGAAAGUCUAUCAUCUGAAAGAGAAAAGAACGAAGUAAUGCAAAAACAACUUGAAGCGCUUUCUUUCCUAAACAAAAGAAAGGCAACAAAGCCAAAGCUGGUGGCUGAUCAGGUUCCAAGUGUAUCUGGUGUGCCUCCAGACUCUGAUCAAGCUAUUGUUCCUGUGCAGCAGCAAACAUCAGCGGCUUCACCUAGCAAAGUGCCUCCUGUUAAAGCCACGAAGCGGGUAGCCCCUGUGUCUCGGAGGGCAAGAGUACGAGGAGCUUUGUUGCAAGAUACUGAAGAAAAUGAUGAUGAUGAAUAGUUUAGAUAUUGCUGACUUACUGGCAUCGAUUAAAUUUGUCGUAGUGUAAACCAAUUACAUUUUGGUGUGUGGUGAAAUGAUUAGUUUUGUGGCUGUUUGACUUGUGUCAAACUUGUGUAAUCAAACUAAAUGCAGCUCAUGGUGUAGUAAGAUAUAAGGAAUUGUUUUCCACUUUUCCCUAACAUAUUGUGCCUUUCCUACUCAA